CGCCCUUCUGGACCCCGCCCACGCGCAUCCAACCGAGGAGGUCGCCUUAUAAGACCGCGUCCAUCCACCAUCCCGUGUUAUUACCGAUUCCGAAGUCGCCAGUUGACUAGCUCCAUCGUCUCCCUCCACUCACUUUUUUCGUUCCUCCACGCCAUCGUUGAGUGAAUAAGCAACAGUUGGGAGUCGGCAGUUGAGCAGCAGGAGUUGAGAGCUCCUUUUGUCUGAGCGGCAGUUGUUGUCCCUGGACACGCGAUCGCAGCGAACGCAUCGAGAUCGUUGCGGUUUUGUUUGCAUUUAGAAAUCAUGGUCGCUGCUGUCGGGAUGUCGCAGGUCUCCUCCUCCGGUAUUAAAUGGAGCUUCUGUGGGACUUCGCUGGAGAGGAAGGCCGCUGCCGCUUCUAAGGCGACGAAUGUAGCGUUCGCUGUGCGUGCCGCUGGUUAUGACGAGGAGCUCGUGAAGACCGCGAAAACGAUCGCGUCACCCGGGCGCGGGAUCUUGGCCAUCGACGAGUCGAAUGCUACGUGUGGCAAGCGGCUGGCCUCGGUUGGGCUGGAGAACAACGAGGUGAAUCGGCAGGCCUACAGACAGCUGUUGUGCACGACUCCAGGGCUCGGAGAAUACAUCUCCGGCGCGAUUAUGUUCGAGGAGACUCUGUAUCAGUCGACGAGCGAUGGGAGGAAGAUGGUAGAUUGCUUGGUAGAGGGAGGGAUCAUUCCAGGAAUCAAGGUGGACAAGGGUCUUGUGCCUCUGGCAGGAUCCAACGACGAAUCUUGGUGCCAAGGCCUGGACGGUUUGGCUUCUCGGACAGCGGCGUAUUACAAACAGGGAGCGCGGUUUGCAAAGUGGAGGACAGUGGUUAGCAUUCCCAAUGGCCCUUCGGAGUUGGCUGUGACAGAGGCAGCGUGGGGUCUUGCCCGUUAUGCGGCUAUUUGCCAGGAUACCGGCUUGGUGCCAAUAGUGGAGCCCGAGGUGCUUCUCGAUGGAAGCCAUGGAAUCGACACAACUUUGGAGGUGGCGGAGAGGGUUUGGUCGAAGGUGUUCUACUUUUUGGCUGAGAACAACGUCCUUUUCGAGGGCAUCUUGCUGAAGCCCAGCAUGGUGACUCCAGGAGCGGAGUGCCCUGAGAGGGCAACCCCGGAGCAGGUUGCUGAGUACACGCUGAAGAUGCUGAGGAGGCGUGUUCCACCAGCCGUUCCUGGAAUCAUGUUCUUGUCCGGGGGGCAGUCAGAGGUGGAGGCAACCUUGAACCUGAACGCUAUGAACCAGAGCCCGAACCCAUGGCACGUAUCGUUCUCAUACGCGCGCGCAUUGCAGAACUCGGUGCUGAAGACUUGGAAGGGGCAACCGGAGAACUUGGAGGCCGCUCAGAAGGCUCUGUUGGUGCGUGCGAAAGCGAACUCGUUGGCCCAGCUGGGAAAGUACUCCGCGGAGGGCGAGGCCAAGGAAGCGAAGGAGGGAAUGUUUGUGAAGGGAUACACUUACUGAGGAGUUGGGAGUAGGGCGAUAGCAAUGAGAAAAGGGAGAGGUAUGAGCAACACGACCCUGUUGGAAGGUUGAGGUAUGAAUUAGCUGCAGAGGUUAAGGUUACAACGUUGAGGUAAUAGGUAAUAGGAGAGUAUGUCGUGUGCUGAACUGGGGUCUGGUUGAACAGCCGUUCUAAUGGACACCCGACCAAUUUUCUGAGGUACAUGUUAUGUGAAUCAAGCAAAGGACUCAACGUCGGUUUUCUGAGGUUCUUCACAUCUUCAAACUAUCCUGCAGUGUCUUGGCUUGAGGGGUUGCUUGAGCUAUCUCAUCUGUAGAGAUUACAGCUCUACUGAUAUUAGAGCGA